CCGAUCAAUUCAUACAUUCUACAAUCAUUAUUGUUUCAUUCACUUGACCAUCUCCACGGACUGGGCUCCGACUUGCCGGUAUAGUUCGAAUGGCGCUGGACGCUUGCAGUGAAAUGACGCUUGCAUGAUGAUCGGCUUCCAUCGGUUUGCCGUACUUCCAGCAUCGUCAAAGACUGGCGACCAGACGACGAAAGCAUGCUGUGGAUCUGGGCUUCGGUGAGCUCGGAACAGACAUCAUUUUCGCCCUGUCACGUCACGUCUGUACGGCACAAGAUAGAACACGACCCUGCAAUACCGGUGUCUCUUGUAGCAAUCGAGCGCAUAUCAGGUUUUCAAGGUAGUCUACUUCCUCUUCAUCUGCUUGCAGAAGGUCAAAUUGCUUAGAGUACUACUGCUACCUUUAAUAUCCCAACCAUAGAGCCUGUCAACAUGACUUCCCACGACAUCCCAACAACCGGCACCCGGACCUCACUCCAUCCCGAGAUCCAAAAGUUUCUCAGCGACAACCCCGGCCUCCAUCUUGGCGGCGAAGAAGACUUUCACGCCGAACGUCGUCACCACCUCGAGGUCUUCGGCAUUCACGCCAUACCCCAGGAGAAGAUCCACCCAAUCGAUGAGGUCGAGUUCACAGCCAUCCGCGGCCCUCAUGGAACCAUUCCACUCCGCGUCCUCUACCCCAAAGCAGCCGCCAAAGGAAGCAAUGGCGCUGCAGCCCUCAUCUACUUCCACGGCGGUGGCUACACUGUAGGCUCCGUCGACGAGUUUGAGAAUGGACUACGUCUUCUUGCUGAGGAGAGUGGCGCUCAGGUGUACGCUGCGGACUACCGUCUCGCGCCCGAGUUUCGCUACCCGACACAGCUGGAUGAGUACUCAGCCAUCAUUGACGCGCUACAAGGCGACUUUGGCUCCCAGCGCGGCGUUGCGAAGAACCUUGUGUUCGGCGGCGGCGACUCAGCUGGUGGGAACAUGACCGCGGCGAUUGCGCUCCGAAGGAGAGACGAGGGCAAGGGCAACAUCGCUGGUCAAAUGCUGUACUACCCUGAAGCCCGCGUUCCAUUCGACACACCGGCCGCCACGGAGAACAACACUGGACUGUACCUCGAGUGCAACGGCAUCUUUAGCUUCGCGGACCACUACCUCCCCCGCGGCGUUACGCCGGCGUUCAAGUACAUCAGCCCAGGUAUGCAGAGCAACGACGAGCUCAAGGGCGUACCACCAGCGAGAGUAUUCACGAGCGGUUUCGACCCAUUGAGGGACGUAGGUGUCGAGUAUGCCCACAAGCUGUCUCAGGUGGGCGUGGACGUUAAGUGGCGUCACUACGAAGACUGCACGCACGGGUGGCUGCAGAUGACGGCGUGGUCUCUUCGCGCACAGGAAGCGGUAAAGGAUUCAGCUAAGGAUCUGAAGGAAAUGAUUCAGAGCAUAAAAUGAGGUGGCGGCCACCGUUGCUCUUGGCAAGAGAAUAGGGUUGGGAGCGUACUCAGUGCAUAUAGAUACAAAUAAUACCUUGGCUCCCGGAUGAGCGACUUCC